AUGGAGGUCCACGUCCGGAAUGUUCCAAUUCAAUCAAAUGACAAAAGCUUGCGCAACUGUCUCAAACCAUGGUUCGCUAAAUUAUCUAUCCAGGAUGUCGACUGCCAGAAAGGCCAAGGAAAGCCCUUUGCGUCGUUGACUUUUCUCAGCAUCGAUGACGGCCAGAAGUUCCUUGCCCGUCAUGGUCAAGUCAAAGCACUUGGCCGUGAGCGGCUAUUGAAGAGAGCAGUUGAGAUGAUCAAAUUCCAGGGUUCGCCCAUAUACUUCGAGAAAAGCACACGGGAAGCUAGUCCUUUCCUUCUAAGAUCGCUUCGUAGAGAAUCGGAAGAGCGCGCAAAGCAAAUUCCUGCAGCAAAACAUAAACACGAUCUUGCUCGAUUCAACAAAGAACCUAUCAGACUCGCUUCUACUUCUGUCGCUGUGGGAUCCUGGGAUGUUGAAGAAAAUGAGGUGGUGUUCUCACCACAAAUUACAUGGAAUGUACGCGGCACUGCAGUAUUCGGUCAGCGUGUCAUGAUGCUAACGCUCGAUUCUGGUAUUCGCCUGGACUUCAGAUAUGCUAGCACACUGGAGGUCACCACACAAGAUGGCAAUGACCCCGCUGUGACCUUUACAAUGUGGGAGGUUCCAAGAUUUUUCGAGAAGGUUGUCGAUGAUCCCAUCGAAGAACUCAUUGCUCGCUUGGGUUUGGGCCAGAGACCUCCACCCUCCCCACCGCGCGAUGGACUGCGUCGUAAAGGUCCUGAUCGAUUUCGUCUCCCAUUCAUCGACCAACAGCAUGAAAGCAUUGCGGGAUGCUGUCUAGUGUACCGCAUUGCUUUGGAAAGAUACCAGUAUACCCAGUCUUAUAUGGUCGUUGAACUGGGAGGUCUUAUGGAGAGCCUCAAACACACAAGUGGCAUGCCUGUGGUGCUGCACCAGACGACCCGUGUUGCUUGUUCUCCAAAAGUCUAUGCGAAGGGAUUAACCGAGUUGAGAGGCUGGCUAGCAAGCCCGAAUUGCCCGUUGUCAUUUGGUCUGAAGUUCCAAAUACAGGUUCUUGCCCAAGAUGGAUAUCUUUCGCCAUUUACUAUUCUCAAACUUCUACCAGUUUUCAUCGAACUGUCUCAGCUUUGUGAAACGAACGUAGUUGUCAGUGCAACUAGGAAAUUUGCAAAUAGCAUUAGCUAUCACCGCCCAGAGACUGAUGCAGCAGAUUUUGACGUUCAAACCUUAUCGAAAACUCUCCGAGAUUGUAGAGAUGUGGCGGAGAAAGAGAUGAAAGGUGGGUACGAGUCAGCAGUCGUCUCUGAGAAUGUUGCGACUAUUCAUAGGGCUAGAGUCACCCCCUCAACUAUUCGCUUACAUGGACCUGAACCCGAAAGUAACAAUCGUGUUCUGCGAAGGUAUCCAUAUCAUCACGGCCAUUUCUUGCGCGUACAGUUUUGUGAUGAAGAUGGGCAACCCGUUCGGUUCAAUCCUCGCGUAUCCAAUGAAAGAAUACUACAAGGGAGAUUCAAGGAAAUUUUUAAGAGUGGAAUCAAGAUCGCAGAGCGCUGUUAUACUUUCCUCGGCUAUUCGCAUUCUUCUCUUAGAGCACAAUCCGUAUGGUUCUAUAACCCUUUCGUCUUUGAGGGCCGACUUCAGAUAUAUCACACCAUUAUUGAAGAUUUAGGGAAUUUUGUUGACAUUCAGUGCCCUGCUAAGUGCGCAGCACGAAUCGGACAAACAUUCUCUGAUACUCGUACUGCUGUCAGGAUUGAUCUGAGACACGUCCAGGAAAUACCCGAUGUCGAGAGGAAUGGUCGCACAUUUAGCGAUGGGGUUGGCACAAUGUCUAAAGCAAUGGCCAGGACUAUUUGGGAACGCCUGCCAAAGAAGCGACUUGUACCACCUACGUGUCUACAGAUCCGCUUUCAAGGCGCGAAAGGGAUGAUUUCCCUCGACAGCCGCCUCAAAGGAAACGUCCUUGUGGUUCGCGAUUCGAUGAUUAAGUUCAGGGGCUCCAAAUCUGCAGAUUUGGAGAUCUGUGAAGCAGCCUAUAGACCAUUGCCGAUGUAUCUCAAUCGACAGCUCAUAAAGAUAUUGGAGGACAUGGGCGUUGAGGAUGAUUAUUUUCUUAACCUCCAAGCAAGAGAAGUUGAAUCUCUUCGGGCGGCUGCUGAUAACCCCAUGAGUGCCUCGAAGUUUCUCACCAAACAAUCCAUUGGCGAAACCGUUCACCUGCCUUGGCUCAUCAUUGAGCUUGCAAUGCUUAAUCUAGAUUUUGUUCAUGAUGAGUUCUUGAAAGACACUGUUGAGUUGGCUCUAUUAUCUGAACUUCGCAAACUUAAACACAAAACAAGAAUUCCCGUCGAGAAAGGCUAUCACCUUCACGGAAUUAUGGAUGAAACUGGUUUCUUGGAAGAAGGACAAAUCUUUUGCGCUGUCCUCGAAGAUGACAGACCAUAUUAUAUUGUUGGCAAAGAUUUGAUCGUGUCGAGAUCACCGGCUCUUCACCCUGGGGAUGUGCAGCUUGUGGAAGGCGUUAUGCCGCCGACUGAUUCUCCACUAAUGCUACUGUCAAACUGUAUAUGCUUCAGUCAAAAGGGUGCGCGCGACCUACCAAGUAAGCUGAGUGGCGGAGAUCUGGAUGGGGAUCGAUACUAUAUCAUGUGGGACGAACUGGCUCGCCCUAAGAGAACAUUCGCGGCCGCAGACUAUCCCAAGGUUAGUCCCGUGAACAUUGGCCGAAGAGUAGAACGUGAGGACAUGAGCGAUUUCUUCCUACAGUUCAUGGAGUCGGACCAGCUAGGUCGCAUCGCUGUCAACCAUCGCGUUAAAGCUGAUCAGCGACCUGGAGGGACUAAUGAUCCAGAAUGCCUCUUGAUGGCAGAAAUGCAUUCGACUGCCGUAGACUUCUCCAAGACCGGGAUACCCGUGGACAUGAGCAGAAUGCCAUUUGGUAACAAAUAUCGUCCUGACUUUGAAGCACCUGGUCCUCAUGUGCACAUUGAAGAAGAUGGCAUCAAUUUCGAUGAUCCAACUUUCGAAGACCCCAUGGAAAUUGAGGACGAAGAUGACGAGUAUUCUACUUAUCGCUACUACAAGAGUGAAAAGAUUCUUGGGAAACUCUAUCGUGCCAUUGACGAACGCGAGAUCUUUGCAAAAAUACAAGCCCGGGUGGAGGCGGAAGGUAGUGCUCGCCGGUCACGUAUUAUUGAUAAGGUCUGGGAAUAUGUUCAGAAAAGGGUUGUGGGUAUCCAGUGGGAGUAUCUCUUAGACCAAGCUUCUGAUAUCCGCGACAUGUAUGAAGACUGUCUCCGCGAUACUAUGGUUGAAUACAGUAGCCAUCCAUCCCGCCCUCUUUCGGAGCUCGAAGCUUUCACAGGCAACAUCCUAGGGAAAACGGGCAUUCAAAAUAAAUACCAGCGUGAGCGAUCCAAGACAAUGAAGGAGAAGUUCGACCUGGAUGCAACUUGGAUUAUCAACUGCAUCAUAAAGGAUGGUGACAAGCCCUCGGAUGAAGCGCUAGCAAUGAGUAUAGCUUGUUUCGCGGUCAGCUUAGAGGACACAAACCCGUACCUUGGGAAGAUGCCACUGAGCAGUUUCAAGUAUGUUGCUGCUGCAGUAUGCUUGAGGGAGGUUGCCAAUUUACCCGGAUGGUCUGAACUCCCAAAGCUCGAUAUAUUCAACACAGCUCGCUAG